AUGCCUUUUUACAUCGACGAAUCUGUUGGUGUUGAUGACGUGAGUGUCUCUGGUUCUGAACAACAACCAUUUAAAAGCGCUGCAUAUGCAUUGUUCACGGCCCGUGAAUCAAGCGAAGAACCAAAGCUUUUGGUAUUCAAGCGGGACCCUGAAAAUGGCGACGGAUUUGUGGAAAUCUCGGCAAGCGCGCUAAAGAAAGCCCGCAAAGGUAGCGAGGGUCUAGUGAAAAAGCAGGCUAAGCAGAUUGAGCAAGAGAGAAGAAAGCAGGAACAGGAGGAGAAAGAGGCUGCAAGGAAACUUGAAGCCUUGAACAUCCGCAUAGAGCAAGAUACUUCCCUACCAGAAGCGAGAAAAUACAAAGUCGCAAAGACCUACGAGGCCGCCGGUGAAAGAGUAAAAGUUUCUGGUUGGAUCCACAGGCUGCGUUCGGGCAAAAACCACGUUUUUGUUGUGUUGAGAGAUGGUAGCGGUUACCUACAAGCCGUCCUCACUGGUGAUUUGGCCCUUGCCCACCAGACUUCUACCUUGACUUUAGAAUCGACUGUUACACUGUAUGGUACGAUCAGUAAGCUCCCCGAGGGGAAAGUUGCCCCUGGCGGCGUCGAACUACUCGUCGAUUUCUACGAGAUCGUCGCCUUGGCACCAUCGGGUGAAGAUGCCUUCACCAACAAAAUUGCCGAGGGAGCCGAUCCAUCUUUACUCUUGGACCAACGUCAUCUUGCUCUUCGAGGCGAAACCCUGUCUGGCGUUAUGAAGGUACGGGCUGCAUUUCUCCGUUCCAUACGUCGGUUCUAUGAUGAAGAAGCCAUUCUUGAAGUCACACCACCUUGCAUGGUUCAAACUCAAGUGGAAGGUGGCUCUACUCUUUUCAAGCUUGGCUACUACGGUGAAGAAGCGUUCCUAACACAAUCUUCUCAACUAUACUUGGAGACUUGUUUGGCCAGCCUUGGUGAUGUUUACUGCAUUCAAGAAUCUUUCAGGGCUGAGAAAUCUCAUACCAGAAGACAUUUGUCAGAAUACACUCACAUUGAGGCCGAGCUUUGUUUCUUGAACUUUGACGACUUGUUAGGUCAUCUCGAAAGACUCAUUACCAAGACCAUCAAAUACGUUUUGGAAGAUCCUGUUGCUGGACCACUUGUGAAGCAGUUGAACCCUUCAUUUGAAGCACCCACAAUGCCAUUCAUGAGAUUGGAAUAUAAAGAUGCCAUCACUUGGUUAAAUGAACACGAUAUCAAGAACGAGGAGGGUGAGACGUUCAAAUUCGGAGAUGACAUUGCAGAAGCUGCGGAAAGAAAAAUGACCGACACCAUCGGCCUUCCAAUUUUCUUGACAAAGUUCCCUGUUGAGAUAAAAUCCUUUUACAUGAAACGUUGUCCUGAUGACGAGCGUGUCACAGAGUCGGUCGACGUCCUGAUGCCAAACGUUGGUGAAAUUACUGGUGGUUCGAUGAGAAUUGAAUCCACUGAAGAGCUAAUGGCAGGUUUCGCUCGUGAGGGAAUCAGCGCAGACCCUUACUACUGGUUUGUCGACCAAAGAAAGUAUGGUUCAUGUCCUCAUGGCGGUUACGGUAUUGGUACUGAACGUAUCUUAGCAUGGCUCUGUGAUAGAUACACCGUCAGAGACUGCUCUCUGUAUCCCCGUUUCACCGGCAGAUGCAAGCCUUGA